UGCAGAGUAAGCGCAAUUUUUUUUUUGAAUCAACAGCUUUGAGUUGAGCUUUGCUUUGCCUUUGGUCCUGUUCCUGUGAUGGAUGAGUAAUUUCACAAAAUUUGAAAUGUUUAACAGCAAGUUUUUCAUUUCCUUUUCUAGAUAUGAUGAGCUCCGAAGAUAAUGUACAGACCUUCAUAGAACGUCUGGAUGAUCUGCUGCAGAAGUACAAUGAUCUUCUCAACAUGAGUUUCGAUAGAGAAUGUCUAAGAUCGAUAAAACUGCAACAAAUGAAGUAUAAAGAAAAAAUAUCAGCUCUCGAAGCGAAGUUGAGAAUUGCCAAAAUGAAGUUGAAAUUUGAAACAGAUCUUCGAAUGAAAUCCGAAGAAGAACACGAAAAAAUCGUGGAAACGUUGAAAUCAAAAUUAGCAGAGAAAUCGAGAAAGAAAGACAUUUUUUCAGAUUGCAUUUCGGAUGAUGAUUUCUUCACUGCGACAAAUUCGUUUAUAAUGGCAGAAAACGACUUGAACGAAAGUAACCUUUUGACGAGUAAUUUUCGCAAACAUCGAGCCCACCUUCAAUGCUCGAGUAGUUCCGGUAUUAAUUCAAACGUGAAUUCCUAUGGAGUUUUCACCAUGCCCAGUAAAUCUUCUUACCGAACUACUACUAAAAUAAAAUCUCCGGAUAUUUCCUAUCCUGGUAUCGAAGAAUUGAAAGAAUGUGAGAAGUCGCCGGAACCAUGUGCAGAUGAAAUUUUCAAUUCGUUAUCUAAAAUUACUCCAGUGAAAUACGAAUCUGAGAAAUUCUUCAAAAGCCGAUAUGAAACUUUCGCAGUAUCUCCUACAAAAAACUCUAGUCCCUCGUAUUUUUCUCCACGAAAAGGAAGUACUCCGUUGUCUCGAAAAUCUCCGUUUUUGAAUGCGUCACUCGAUCGUACUCUGUACGAAUCAGAUAACGAACGUUGUAUUUCUAAACUAGCUCCGUUGAUUCCUCCUAUGAUUCCUAUGGCUGUUAUUCACGGCAUUGAUGAGAUAGAGAAACGUGGACUCAAAGAAAUUGGAUUAUAUAGAAUGGUUGGUGAUGAAGAAGAUAUUAUGACUUUGCAUGAAAAAUUUGAUAAUUCCGAAACAGACAUCGAUUUAUCAGAUAUCAACGUUCACUCGAUUGCAACUUUUCUGAAAAGCUUCUUCUAUAACUUUCCUCUCAUACCCAAGAUGUUUCACGAGACAUUUGCUCAAAUAAUCGUGGAAAAGAAUAAGGACGACUUGUAUUAUGCGAUUUCCGAGUUACCUCAAGCUAAUCGAGAUACUUUAGCUUAUUUGAUCAUUCAUCUGCGUCGUGUGUCAUUUUCAACCUCUUGCAAAAUGUCCGCUUCGAAAUUAUCGGUCGUCUUCGGGCCGAUUGUAUUCGGCUUGCAUAUUGACGAUAAAGAAAAUCAACUUUCUGACAUUCCGACCAGUGUGAUAGAAGAAUUACUCAAGUUACCGUCGUCUUAUUGGAAUAGCUUCAUAGUUGAUCCUACGAGCUCGGAAACUCCAACUAAAUUGCGAAAUUCGCCUACCACCGAGCAAAUUGUUCGUAAAAAAGCGAAUAAAUUUUUCUCUACGAAUGUACGUAAGAAGAAAUAUUUUACGUAAUUUUUACUUUUGAUGUGAUAAACACUUGUACGUUUAGAUUAUAUUACCGAUCUAGGUAUUGUAUAUUAAUAUUUUUAUCAGGAGUUUCGUUUUCGUCAUGUUUUUUUUCUCAUUAAUUUUAGUAAAAGGCAGUAUUAGUUAAGUUUUAGAAAGCAGGUUGUUUUCAAGAAAUGAUACAAGUAUUAUUUAAUCAACGUUUCUAUGAGAUGUUCGAUUUAGGUGCUGGGAUCGUUCCUUUUUAAUUUAGUACCGUUACUCGAUGAACGGUUUUACCUUAUUUCUAAGACUAUCAAUCUUUUCUUUGAAUAAUAAUCAAUAAAAGAUUUGGAUAAAUAUCGUAUCUUCAUUUUUUUCUCCUCCUUUACGUUGAUUGAAACGAUUCAUCACUUGAUUACAACUUCGAUGAACUUUAUUACAGUGGUAAUCGUGCAGUUGCUGUUCACCUCAACAAAAGGAUUAUUACGAUACCUGUAUUCUAGGUAGAAUCAUUUUAGUUUUCGAUAAUAAUAUCCAUAAAUAAUCAAAAUCUACUAAUUUAAGAAAAGGUUUAUUAACUCAUUACAUAUUAAAACUUCUUGAAACUUUUCUUCGAUCCUUGGCCUUUAGUAACUUUCAGAACAUUGAAACGAACAGUUUUGCUCAACGGUCUGCAUUCUCCUAUUGUUACGACGUCUCCAAUUUCAACAUCUCU